GUCUGCUUGCGUUAGCUAGCUUUGUUGUCGGCAGGUAGGGACCUCGUUUCUGCUCCUCUUACCGAUAAUGAUAUAGUCUUAACCUUUUUUUUUUAUCGUUACAUAUUUUUAUGGACAAGAAGAAGUGUCUCUGAAGACGGUUCAGGUAAAGCUGGAAAUAUGCCUUUGCAUGGAAAGAUAGUGGUCAUUAAGAGGAGUGGAGUAGAUGGGACUGAAUUUCCUCUGACUGCAUCGUGUUUAUUUGGAAGGAAGCCAGAAUGUGAUAUCCGUAUUCAGCUUCCGAGUGUUUCCAAGGAACACUGCAGAAUUGACUUAAAUGAAAACAAAGAGGUUAUUUUAACCAAUCUGAGCUCCGUCAAUCUAACUUGUGUCAACGGAGAGGCUCUGCAUCAGUCGGAGCGUUUGAAGCAUGGGGAUGUGAUAACUAUUGUUGAUCGUUCUUUCAGGUUUGAGUACCCGCCAGCACCCACACCAAAGAAAAGAUCUUCAUCUGGAGCCAAGUCUGAAACCCUCAAAGUUCUUCAAGAUCAGCAAGUAAGUGACACAGUUGUUGUGGAGUCAGGAGAGAAGAGGAACUUUGAAGUAUCCACAGGCCCUCGUCCUAAAGAUGGAGCCAACUUGGACAACAUCCAUCGAUCCCUGGAGAAAACUUUGGAAGUGGAGUCUAAGGAAGAUGGAAGCCAGCUACCAAGCAAGACCGACUCUCCUUUCAGCGAGCUGUAUCAAAUGAUCAAAAAGACUCUUGAUGUCAAGACCCCUCGCAAAUCCUGCGCAAGUCUGGCUCAGACGCCUUCUUCAAAGUUUUGCACUCCAAAACCUGGGUCGGUCUUGAAGAAUGAUAGAAAAUCUGCCAGCCUCACACCCAAGAAGGAUGAAGCUGAACUGCUUGAAGAUGCUAAAGGUAGAAGCGGUGAAACGCCACAGUCCGUUAGGAAGCAGAGGAAAAUCGUGCCAGUUUCUCCUGCUGACGCAGUUGAAGUGGCAGGGGAUGAAUGUGCUGCAAAGUCUGAAGCCACUUCAAAACAGAGGAGGAGCAGUGCAUCGGCCCAGAAGUUCACCGUGUCUGAGGUUCUGCAGCUACUUUCUGCUCCAACAUUCAAAUCACCCACCAGAAGGAGAAGCAAAGAAACUGAACUGGCCCAGACUACAAAAGAAGAACCACCACAAACUAAGUCUCCAAAAUCAACAACUCCUAAAAGGUCCUCUCCAAGAACCUCGGGAUCAGCUGAAAAAGCGUCCAAAAAACGAAAGAGCAAGGAACUGGAGUCGCACCUAGCACCAAAGAUGAAAAAGAAGCGCGUUUCCUUUGGAGGUCAUCUGAGCCCGGAGUUAUUUGACAAACGUCUGCCUCCUGACUCUCCACUGCGCAGGGGGGCUGCUCCAAGGAGAAGCUUGUCUGUCUGCAAACCCAAGCUGUCUCUUCUCAGAAGAGCUUCUGUCAUUGGUUUGCUGAAAGAGAAAAGUCCAGUGAAGUCAAAAACUCCAUCACCCAAGAGGUCCUCGAGUGUUAAAGUUGCUUCUCCUAAGACCCCACCUGGGAAGAGGUUGUCAAAGUCUGCAUCUCCUUCCCCCAAGGCUGCCUCCUCUGCUAAGAAGUCUCCACAGUCAAAGUCCCCAUCUCCCAAAACCACGCCCCCUGGAAAGAGGACUUCCAAGUCGGCAUCUCCUGUGCAGGAGUCUCCAAAGUCCAGGUCUUCAAGCCCAAAGGCCAUGACUCCUGCUAAAACCUCUCCCAAAUCCAGAGGCACUUCUCCUGCACAGGAAAAGCCUAAAACGUCACAGAAGAGUGCAUCCCCAGGUCAGCAAACCUCCAACACAACUCCCACUGCCAAAGAAAGAUCGUCACUUAGAAAGUCAAGUCCUGCCUCUUUAAAAAAUGUUUCCCUGACUGGCGUGACCCCGGUUAAAACCCCCUCAGAUGUUGGAGUCGGUACCCCCACGGUAAAGGGGCGCUUUUCUGUGUCACUAAUCAGCACCCCUUCUCCAACUGCAGAGGCUGAUGCUGUCACUCAGCAAGAGCCUUCAGCCACUGUUACCCCCAAAAUACAGCUGAAGAGGAGAAGCAUGAAGAGGACUUCCCGGGGAACUCCAGGUGUUUCCAGAAGUGCAAGGCACAUUCUGCAGAGGAAGAGUGGCGUUUCACGAGCAUCAAUGAAAGUUUUAAAUUCCUGGGCGGAAAUUGUCAAAUUUGGACAAGCCAAGACCCAAGUUGUUGCUCCAGCUAAAAAAGUCACCCAAAAAACAACAAAGAAGAAGGUGGCAAAACUCCAGACACCUGCCAGGGUACUUAAGGGCCACAUGAGCACUGGACACGCAGACUCACCUGUAACCAUYGUUGUGGGCAGAGCUCACAAAAGAACCGACGCACAUCCACCUGGAGCUGCACCCAGAGUGGUCACCAACACCGCACUCUUCAAAAAAGACUUGAAAAUGGACGAGAACCUGUCUGGCAUUUCUGAAAUGUUUAAAACCCCCGCAAACGAGAGGAAGAGAAGAUCUUUGAUCACUGAGCGCAGCGCCACCAAGACGACCCCUGAAGCACCGGCUAUGUCUGAGAUUGAACCAACACUGCUGAACACUCCAGAGGAGCCAGGUGAGAUGAUGGUGUCUCCUCUGAGUGUGGCCUCUACAGUAAAGAGUCGAAGAUACAACAGCGAGGCAGUCCAACGCCUUCUUAUUGAGGAUCAACAAUCAAGCCUCAUCAGCGACGCUCCUGCCUUAGAAGAUCCUCCUGCGUCUAGUGAACAGCAGGACCUAGAUAAUAACACGUCUGCAACUCCCAAACAGAAACCUAAAUUACCAGAUUGUCUCACAGGAGUCAGAAGAAUCAUGAAAACACCAAAACAGAAGGCAGAGCCCAUCGAGGACCUGAGAGGGAAGAUUCUGAAAACUCCCAGGCAGAAAGCAGAACAACAGGAGUGUCUCACCGGAGUCAAGAGAAUCCUGAAGACUCCGAGACAGACGGUUGAGCCUUUGGAAGACAUCAGAGGGAAGCUUCUGAUUACGCCCAAACAAAAACCCGUGCAAGAGGAGUGUCUAACUGGAGUCAAAAGAAUUUUUAAGACCCCAAAACAGAAGGCUGAGCCCCUUGAAGACCUUAGAGGGAAGCUUUUGAAGACGCCAAAAACCCGAGAUGCUAGUGAGGUGAGCUUGGAUGGUGUUAAGGAGCUCCUGGAGACACCAGUACAAGAGCAAAAGUCUAGUCACCAGCCUGACAUGUCAAAUGUUAGAAUCCCAACCGUCAAGAACUCACCGCUGUUGUGCCUUACGGAUGUGAGGAAAAUCAAAACCCCCAGAGAGAAGUAUUCUCCCGUCGAAGACCUGGUUGGUGUGAAGAGGCUGAUGAGAUCCCCUAAAGAGAGGGGCGAGCCGGUCGAAAAGAACUUUGGAAUCAAUAGACUCAUGAAGUCGCCGAGGCUGAGGGGUGUCGCUCCAUUGGAAGACUUUGAAGGGCUUCAAGAACUCAUGCAGGAGCCCGAGACAGAAAAGGAGUCGAACAAAGGAAUAGUGGAAACCCUCCCACAGGACCCUGCAGAGGCACCACUGCUACAACCUGAGGUGGAAGCAGUAGAGAAAAAUCCACCYGAGGAGGAGACAUCUGCUUUCAAAGUCACAGAACUGGAUCCUUCUACCGAGGAGAAACCUGUUAGAGACAGAAAGGGAAGAACGGUCAAAUCUGAGGAGGAAAAGGCCGUGCCAGAACCUUCAGAAGAUCCUGUUAUCUCUGCUCCAGUCAGAGGAAGAAGAAGGGGAAAAGCCGAGGCUGCAGCACCAUCCACUGUUAAACACGCAACAAGAGGCAGACGUGCAGAGGUGACUGAAAGCAUSAAUCCCACUGUGGAAGAAAACGCUCCUCCGCCUACAAAAGCUGCUCCCAGGCCCAAAAGAGGAAGAAAUGCCCAAAAAGCCCCGGAGGAUUCAGCCGAAACAGUCCAGGCUGUUGUUGUUGAAGAGGAAGUCACUCCAGACCCUGAGAGUAAACAGGGCUCAUCAGCUGGUUCUGAAAAUCAAGUGAAAGACCAGGAUGCACAUUUGGAAAAAGCUGAGCUAAAACCCAAACGAGGGAGGAAAAAUAAACAACCUGAACAAGCUGCAGAACAGAAACAAAACAAACUCCAUGUGCAAACUAAAGAAGCACCAAAGGCAGAUGAGGUCAACAAUGAGCAACCAGAGGUGUUGUCAGGUGCGAUGGAAGCUUUCCUCCAAGCCCCUGRAGUUGAAGAAAUCACAGAARUGAGUACAGCUCCUGUGCAGAAGAWGUCUGUCCGAGGCCGAAGAACCAAACUGUCAGAGGAUGAGCAGGAGGCUGCAGAAAGUUCAGACAAGAUUGUUUCUGCUYCGGUCAGGGGAAGAAGAGGAAAGAAACCUGAAGUCACAGCACCCCCUGCUGUUAAACAAUCCACAAGAACCAGAAAUGCAAAGUCUCAAGAAAGUGCCUCUGCUCAGCCAGCUCCUGAAGCACAAGUGAUAGCUGAGGUUUCCCAAACCUCUUUAAACACCACUCAGGAGACAAAAGAUUCUGCAMCCACAACAGAAGAAGUGGCACCGAAGCUGGUUAGAGGGAGAAAACCUAAGCUGACACCUGCAGUGAGCAGUGAUGAUGUCARUGCUGAGCCACCUCAGCCAGUUCCAGCUGCUGCUGGAAAACCCAAGAGAGGAAGGAAGGCCAAAUCUGAUCCUGAGGAACAAACUGUCAUGGAAGAUGUCAAGCAGCAGUUCCAACCUCCAGUGAGUGCCAAGAGAGGAAGAAAUGCCCAACAGAAAGAAGAGCAGGAGGAGAAAUCUAACUGCCAGGAGCCUGUUAAGAAAUUAAGGAGAACAAGAAAGCCUGAGCAAGACCAGAAAGACGAGGUUCAAGAUGAGGCAGGAUCUCCACCUGCUGAGACAGUGGUGAUGCCUGAACAGGCCAUUGUUGCUGAAAAACCCAGGAGAGGAGGACKGAAAGCAAAAUCAAACACCAAGGCUACAGCCCCYGUAGAGKCCAAAGAGGCCAUAGAGGUCCCUGUUGUCUCCACAGAUGAACCAAAAAGAGGAAGAAGAGGAAAACAAGUCCUCCAAGAAGUUAUCACCUUURAAAAUCCAGAACGUGAGCUUGAAGAGCAUAAAAAUACCAGCUYRUCUCCCCAAAUKAUUAGAGCUAGCAGAGCAAGAGGAAGAACAAAUGAGGUUUCACAAGACAUUCCAGCAAAGAGAGCGCGUCGAGGUGCAGCUACUCCUGUUGAAAUCACAGAAGAACCAGCCGUACGGACAUCGACACCAGUGAAACCUGCAAAAAGAGGGAAACAGGCCCCUGCAAAGCCCAUGAGAGCCAGAGAGGCCCCAGUGACCAACCAUCCAGCAAAUCCCUCUGAAGACUUGAGCGAGGCUGCUGUUGAAGACUCGACGUCCACAAAAUCGGUCAAGUUUAGCUCAGACGUGCAAGUCUUGGAAAUUUCUAAAGCAACACCCGUAAAGGCUGCACGAGGCAGAAAGCCCAAAGUCGCAGACGUUAAAAGCAAUGUUGUCUCAACGGAUGCCAACAAGCCUGAAGAGAAGGAUCUCUCAGAAGAAAUGAUCAAAGCUCAGCCCGUCAGGAGAGGUAGACGAGGAGUUAAGGCUGCUGAUGUGACAGCAGACUCCACAAGUGAGCAGGGCCCGAAAGAUGCAGAAGCCGAACCGCAACCCAAAACCAGACGAGGAAGAUCAGCAAAAAAAUAAUCCAUAUGUAUAUAUGUUUGAUCAUAAUUACUGUUUAUCCUCUUUAUGUACGUGUUUUUUAGAUUUUAAUACAUCRUAGUGGGUAGUUUUAUUGACUGAAAAUAAGGCAGCAGGGAUACUUGUUUAAGGCAUUUUAAUUUUUUYAAAGUUCUAUGUUUUUUCUGGUUCUUUUCAAUUAUUGUAAUGUUGGGGGGGACAGGGUUAUUAAAUGUUUUAUGGCGAUUAAA